GACAGAAACAAAAAAAAAUUAGUAAAAAUGGUUGAAGAAAAUCAUAAAGCACCAACAGAAUUAGAUACUUUCCUUCCGCAAGACGGAUCUAAUUUAAAAGAUGGGGUCCUCACUGCCAAGUACAAAGUACAAGUUGUCCCGCGUGAUGUUGAAACUGCCAUACGAGAUGCAAAGAACUUUGAUCCGUUCACAGAACGUAAAGUUCCCAAUCCAACAACAGAUUGUGAUACGUUAACUCACCUUCUAAAAGCGUCAUUAGGAACAGGAAUUUUGGCAAUGCCUGUCGCUUUUCGAAGUGCGGGACUAGUAGUAGGAGUUCUUGCGACAAUCCUUGUUGCAUUCGUUUGCACGCAUUGUGCCUAUAUUCUUGUUAAAUGUGCCCACGUCCUUUAUUUUAAAACGAGACGAACAGAAAUGAGUUUUGCGGAUGUUGCCGAAACUGCCUUUGCCAGCGGACCCAAAUGGGCCCGGCCUUUUGCUGCACCAUCUAGAUAUCUUAUACAAAUAAGUUUGUUUAUAACUUAUUAUGGUACCUGCAGCGUUUACGCCGUAAUUGUUGCGGCAAAUUUCAAACAGAUAAUCGACCACUACCUUGGCUAUGGGGUAGAUGAGAGACUUGUUAUAUCCUUGCUCUUGGUACCAAUGAUCCUUCUUAGCUGGAUACCCAAUCUAAAGUAUCUUGCUCCCGUUUCUAUGGUGGCAAAUGUCUUCAUGGGCACUGGACUAGGAAUUACGUUUUAUUAUCUCGUCAAAGAUAUGAAGCCAAUAGAUAGAGAACAAAUACCAUUUAUGGCAAAUGUUUCAGAAUUUCCAAAUUUCUUCAGUAUCACAAUUUUUGCCAUGGAGGCCAUUGGAGUGGUGAUGCCAUUAGAGAAUAAUAUGAAAACACCACAGAAUUUUAUCGGAAUUUGCGGAGUGCUGAAUAAAGGAAUGUCAGGAGUGACAUUGAUUUAUAUUCUCCUUGGCUUUUUAGGAUACGUAAGAUACGGUAAUAAUACUUGCGACAGUAUUACGUUAAAUUUACCAAUAGCUGAGAUCCCAGCACAAAUAGUAAAAGUUUUUAUUGCUUUGGCUGUAUACUGCACUUUCGGCUUACAGUUCUAUGUGUGCCUUGAUAUUGCCUGGACAGGCAUUAAAGAUCGUUUCCAAAAAAAACCCCUUCUUGCCAAUUACAUUUUAAGAACAGUUCUAGUUACUGGUUCAGUUCUACUAGCAGUAGCUGUACCGACAAUUGGCCCCUUCAUAGGCUUAAUUGGUGCAUUUUGUUUUUCAAUUCUGGGUCUCCUAGUUCCUGUCUUUAUAGAAACUGUAACAUACUGGGACAUUGGAUUUGGAAGAUUUAAUUGGGUAGCGAUGAAAAAUGUCAUUAUAUGCGUUAUUGGUCUUUUGGCCUUAGUAUUUGGCUCCCGAAGUGCUAUUGCAGAAAUAAUAGGUUUAUACAGUUCUGAUGAACAAAAAAAAUGUAAUGUUGAGUAGGUGUUAAAUUUUAAUUACCUUUUAAACACAUGU